CACGGACGGACCAAACAAACGCAUUGUGCUUUGAACAACCCUCCGCCCGAAGCCCAGCCAGAAGAAGUCCGCGUCGCAGAGACCUCCGAGUCCACAGGAACCGUCACGAGUCAACAUGAAGCUUCGCGGGAGAAUCCUCGACGUCGCGUGUCUCAACCGUUUCACCCGAGUCGUCACCACCAUCUCAAAGCUGACAGAAUGAAGAACCUCUCCAACUUCCUGGUUAUAGAGGCCAACCUGAUUGGAGAGAUGAACCUGAAGAUCGAGACGGAUCUGGUUUCCGUCACCACUCACUUCAAGGACCUGGGGAACCCUCCGUGGGGGGAUGACGCCUCCCAGGAUGGUGGUCCUUCUCACAGCAGGGACCCAGAGGCCAUGGUCCAGGCCCGGGUGGACAUCAGGAAGCUGCAGCAGUUCCUCAUGGGACAGCAGGUCAACCCCAGCAAGGCCAUGUGUAACAUCGUCCAUGAGAGGGUUGUCCACCUGAUUCUGCUGCAUGAAGAUGUGUCGCUGCAGUAUUUCAUCCCUGCCGUGGCGUAGGCAGAGCGCUGGCCGCACGCCUUCUGACCGCACGCCUUCUGACCGCACGCCAGACGCCAUCUGUCUGCACACUGAGACUUACGGGGAAAAGGAAUGUGAACCGGUUUCAGGUGUUUCCUCUCGUGGCAAAGAAUCCAUCUACUAGUGGACCCCAUGAGACCAAACUCACCAUGUAGUCUGUCCUUCAUUUGGAUGAGACUGAAGCUGGUCCCGGUUCUCAUAGUGGACCUCAGGAAGACUUUACCACACUAACCUGGGGUAGGAGUGAGGACAAGCUGGUAAAUACACAUUUAACAAAGAGGAUUUGGAUGGUUAAGAUGAAAUGGAAACCUGACAUUUUCGUUGUUUGCAAUUGAGUUAAGAUUAUUAUGUUCUUGGUAUUAAACAUGUUUAAGAAUGAAUAAUAUUUUGAUUUAAGUUUCCUUCUUGAAAACCAAACAUUUGCCCACAUAGCGUACCACCUUUUGGCUUUUAGUUUGCUCUUAUGUUUGGUGUUUCUUCCAAUAAAUACAAUUUCAAUUAAUUGGA